AUCUCAGAGAUUUUUUUUUGAAUUUGAAAACAACGUGGUAUAUUUCAUGAGUUGCUGUAUUGAGAUUUACGAAUUGUUAGCGCGGUGUUUAUACUGUUUCUCGUUUCAGUUUUAUUAGUCUUAUUAGAGGAAACAUUGACAUGCCAAGACCGGGUCGUGUCAGGGAACGUAAUGAGAGGGUGGACCAUGUUGAACGGGUCAAUAGAAGGGACCGGCCGCCAGUUCGAGGCCAGGCUAGGAGAACGGAAGUUCAACAGGCUCUACGUAGAGAUGAGCGACAAAACAGAAACGGGCGACCUGUAAAUAGAGAAGAGCGUCACCGAAAUAGAAUUCCCCAUGACGGUCAGGGGAACUUCCAGAUUCAGGACGGAAAUCAGCCCCAACAAAAUGGAGACGCUGGUGCGCCUUUUCCACCACCAGUCGCACCAAUUAUGACGUCAACGGAAGUACAGACGGACCAGACUUUAGGUGGUGGCCAUGUGGAGCAGCAGCAGGCAUUCCUCCCUGACCACGGUGAGUCACCUUUAUCUGCGUUUAAUUUAGAAACUCAAAGGGGGAAUCCUGGACAGAGCACGCCCGUGGGUCAAAAUCCUAGCCGCGAAGCAUUAUUUUUAUAUUCGCUACAGUCAAGCGCAAACAAUCCGUUGUUGAGCACUAUUAAUGAUUGUGUCAGUGCUCAGAUUCCUUUGAAUAUAAAAGAAAAAACUUGGGCGGGAAAAUAUAUUAAUCUCGCAUUGCUACAAAAAUCCUCACCUGAAAUACUUGCUAGCCAAGGGGCACAACUCAUCUUGUCUGAAGAUGGUUUCAUUGAAACUCGGCCUAAAACCUUAUCAGAAAAAGUAAAAACCAUAGAACAAUGGACGGAUGCAUUUGUUAUUUUCAUGGAUAUUUAUUUGGUACAGAACCCACAGGCGUGCUCUGAGCUGCUGACUUACAUGGCCACUAUCCGCCAAGCGGCGUCACGUAGGCAUGAUUUCGCUUGGCGCGUAUACGACGAACAGUUUCGUAUGCGUCAAGAAAAUUUUUUGCAACCAUGGUCUAGGCUAAAUUCGGAUCUUUGGCUGAAAGUAAUGACAAUGCCAAUACAUCAGUCAAAUAACAGUUUUUCAAGCUCUGCAGGCGACAGCCCUUAUCUACAAACUUGUAGCAAGUAUAAUGAAGGUCAGUGCCCGUUUGCUCAACGCUGUAGAUACCGGCAUGUUUGUUCUGCGUGCGGAGGUGGGCACCCCAGCGUAUCAUGCUAUUCAUUUCGUACGAAACAAUUGCGCAACUCCAAUUUCCCAAGCAAGCCUUCAAAACGAUAAAUUUUCACUGGGUAAAUCUUC